UGUCAUAUGACUUGUAUUUCCUGGUACAGUCGUCAGAGGCUGAUCGAGCGUCCCUGUCGGUUGUUUUCAUUCUCUCUGUCCCUCCGGUGGCUGACACUCCAAACUACCAAGCGAAAAUGUCCCGAUAUGCUGCAUUCGUUUCAGUCCUCGCCUUUGGACUUGUGUUCACUCUGUCACGAGGCACUGAGGUGUCCUUCAAACAAGAUGACAAGUUAUGCAUCUAUGCAAACAUAAUGCUCAACUUCUCCGUCAACUACGAAGGAACUAACAAAACGACACAAACAGCUGCGUUUGAACUUCCAGCUAAUGUCUCAACAGCUGGAAGUAAAUGCGGUGACACAAACUCAACUCUGAAGCUUAAUUUCGGAGAUCACUUCUGGAUGGUGGUUUUUUCACUGAAUGGAAGUAAAUACCAGGCAGACUCCAUCACAUUUUCUUACAAUCUCAGUGACGCGACUCUCUUCCCCCACUCUGUCUCAAAUGAAACUGCAAAUGUGACCAUCAAACCUCAAAUUAAAAGUGUAGGCGUGGACACCUGCUACUCUUGCAAAAGCAUAGAGGAGAUCCGUACCGAGUCGGUCAACAUGACGCUGUGGAACGUGCUCGUCCAGGCUUUUGUCGUUAACGGCAGCAAGAGUGAGAACAUUACCUCUUGCUCUGCGGAUAUCCCCUCAACCACUGCAGCUCCGAUCACAAACACCACCACCACCGCCUCUCCUCCUCCUCCCACCACCACCCCGACCCCUACCCUCCCCACACCCACCACUGGAAACUACAGCAUCAAGCAAGAUGAGAACAGCACGGCCUGCCUGUUGGCUGACUUUGGCUUGAGGAUUGGUUUCGGUCUUGGAGAGAAAUAUCAGGAGAUCAACUUGGACCCGACAAAGACCAAUGUCUCGGGAUCAUGUGGAGACAACAGCAGUGAGCUUGUGUUGGUCUCUAACUCGAUGACCAUCCAUUUGUCCUUUGCCAGUGACACAAAGAAAUUCCGCCUACACGCUCUGAACGUCACUGUAAACUCAAGCAAUGUUGGAUCGAACGCCAACCUGAGUCUUUGGGAGGCGUCUGUCGGCAGCUCCUACAUGUGUAACAAGGAGCAGAACUACAACAUCAGCGACCAGCUCAUCAUCUACACCUUCAACCUACGAGUGCAGCCCUUCAAAAUCACAAAGGGUGUUUUCAGCACAGCUGAGGAAUGCUUCCUGGACUCUGAUUUGAGCUUUUUGGUGCCCAUUGCAGUGGGCGUGGCUCUCAGCUUCCUAAUCAUCCUUGUGCUUAUCUCUUACCUGAUUGGUCGGAGGAAGAGUCGCACUGGCUACCAGUCUGUAUAAUCCAGCCCAGGCUGCUUCUGCCAUCUCAUCCCUCCUCAGCCCUCUUUCAAACUCCUCCCUACCAACUUUCCUGCCCGUCUUCACAUCUAAAGCUUCCCAGAUUUCUGCUUUUUUUUUUUUUUCUGUUUCCAGGGAGGCAGCGUCUACCUAAAAUUAACCUUUAGCUUAUUUACCCAGUUUCAAAUUUAUCCAAGCAGCCACCCCAGCCGUUUGUUUUGCUUUGAUGCCAGUGACUGAAUCAAGUACCAAAACAUGUAUGAUUGAUAAUGCAUUUUAAUUAUAGAUUGCAUGUUUUAAAAAAUCAAUUGAUGGCUGCGAUUAGCCUUCCACCCCCCGCUCCCUCCUCCUCCCUCCCCCAAGAGAGGCUUUUUGCCCUCGGUUUCUGUGCUGUAUAAUAGUAUAUGUGUAAAAUACUCUCUUGUAUAGAAUGACUGACUUAGAUUUUGAAUGUACGAGCAAGCUUAUAGAGCCACUGACGUUCAUUUCCCAGACACCACGUUUUCAGUCUUUGAUGUAACAUGAAUUAACUGCUAAAUGAAACUUGUUGCACAUCUAGUCACUUAAUUAUAGCUUCAUUGAAAGGGAUAAUAACUUUACAAGACACUACCAGCAUUGGGACCAUUUUUUUUCUUUAAUUAAUGUGUGAUCCCAGGUUUUAAUGUUUCCUCACUGUAGGAAGAUUUAAGACUUAUAUUUUCUGGAAAUGUGCACUUUUCACAUGUGAAUAUUUGGUGAUUAAAGGAUAGUGUUGUUCCCUUGUAACCCUACGAUAUUUCAACAGUAGUCUCAGAGUUUCACUGUUCACUGGGAUUAAACACUAGUGAUCCACACACCACCCUCAGUGCGAUGGAACAGUAACACUGGCAGCAGCAGUUCAAGUAUGAAGACCACGACUCAUAUUUCUCAACUUACACCCUAUCAUUCAUGUGAUACCCGGUUCUGUUUCGUUGAGUCACUCCCCGACAGUUUCGUGCCUUUCUGUUGUGCACCUCUGAGUUUGCUUGCUUGAAGCUUGUCUCCACCUGAUGAAGAAUGUUAUAUAAUGAUGAGCUUGUUUAACACAAGUGGGGAACCGAUUAAAUAAAGUUUCGUUCUUGUUUUGUA